GGAAAAUUACCUACAUUCAGAAGUUAUAAUAAUAUAAUAAUCGCACAUUUCAAAGGUGCAAGUGUUUUAGUAGAUUAUUACACUAUUUCCCUCCUGAGAGUUCCAUGUCGCCCUUCUUCUGCGUAUUGUCUAAGAAUUAUUAGAAUUAGCACAGAACUUUUCCCUUUCUUUCGAGUGAAACAACCAGCCAUCCUCCUAUCUUCCUACUCAUAAGAAAAUCGCUUACCCACCAGGGCGUUCCGCACUAUCGAGUCCACGCAUCCGGGACUCGUCACGCUCAGAGCCACCGCGCCCACCUCUCCUCAAGGAUCACCGUUGCUUGACGGGAACUCUCGUUAAUACUAGCUAGUGGAGCUGUACCAGUUUGUACCGAGAUACCUAAAACUAAGACAUCGGACUACACGUGCAUCGUUUCCAUCGGAUACUUACCUACAUAGGUACCUGGCAAACCCUGUCUGCAGAAAAAGAAAAAAAAGGGCUGUGCUUGCUUGUUCAUUCCUAGACCAAAAACAUGGCUUCUUCAAGUAAGUCGGCGAGCCAAGCCUCCAUUUAUACUUCCCUUCCCUCCCUUGAAACUGCCUGUCGCUCGAGAGAGAGCGGUGGAGAGUCGAUGUCUCCCGGUGACAAUAUUUCUUUCAAAAACAAAAUCGAAGCAAACAAACAUCCAUCAGACGUACCUCAGAGCCAUAAAGGGACCGCUUCAAUGUUUUCCGCAAGAUCGCGGUUUGACCGCUUGUCAUCCUUCUUUCCGUCACUGAUCAGUACUCACCAUGCAGGUAAUCCCGCAGGUGGCCUUCACCGCAAGCCAAUGUCCGACGAAUCGCCCGUUCAAGACGGACCACCGAGUCUACCGAGUUUACCGCUAGUGCCAUCCGACCAGAAUGAAGGACUUGGAACCACGAUUCCGAACGAACCUUCCGACAACUCCACUACCGCCCGCCCCAUCACAGAUCACAGUAGGAACCCAUCCGAGGGCGAUAGCACAAGUCCCUCCGUGGGUAAAUUACGCAAAGGUGCUCCAGUACUAGACAAGAUACCUCCGAUCGAAAGCUUCGACGCUCCUCCAAGGGUGUCUACCUUUCACUUCACAGAAACUCAAUCGUCUCCAAAACUUAAGAAGGAGCAGAGACAGCGAAGUAGCUCCGUCACUAGUAGUAGUCAUAAACCAUCAAAUUCUCAAACGGGCCUAGCGCCUCGGCAAGCCUCGCCAACGUCUGAGUCAAGAACUCGAAGUGUAUCUGCGCAACCGCCUGCCACGCGAUCGACUCCGCCGUCUGGAAAUCUAGCCGUUUCCACUGCAGCUACUGCAACCACUGCGGCCGUGUCUCGUCCAGGGUCGAGCAAUGGAAGCCAAAGCCCAACCAGAGAUGCCGAACGACGCGGGCGAUUGAGGAGAAGUUGGCUUCCGGGAGGAAGGUCAAGAUCCCACUCGCAGGGUCAUAUACAUGUGCAUAGUUCGGCGGCAUGGAUUCUCGGGCAGAACGCAGAUUACAACACGUCAUUUCUUUCUAACGGUGAAAAGGUACCGGAGUUAUGGAACGAAGGCGGAAACAUAUUGAUCUACCUGGAUCCUAAAGGUGUUGGCGCGGGACCAUCGUUCAAGGUGCCUUCGUUUGUUGUGGAUUAUUCACUGGUUUUUGCCGAGCUUAUUGAGGCCGAGAUGGCAUCUCCGACCAGCUCAGGGAGGAGUCGCGCCCGCAGUUUCCUUGGCCGCGAUAGUCUUUCCAUCGAAGAUGCAACCAGAAGGGUUCAGUCGCCCCCCUUACCCGAGUCCGAGUGGAACGGGGAGUCACGUCUUUAUCUCCCCGUAUCUAUGUCCACUCCCGAACAUAGAUCACAAGCUGACAUGGAGCGAUUGGUAUCGAUUCGGAACAUGUUUGCAUUUUUAACUGGCCAACCAUUGGUAUGUACCAAGGAACAGCCAACCCUAUUCAGCGUAUUUCUGCACAUCUCCGCCUUAUUGAAAGAAUUCGAGUUUACGAACGCCGACGGCUCAACUUUUGGCGAUGCCGUCGAGAUGAGCUUCGGCUUCUUCAUGGACCAGAUGGCUCUUGCGGAUGUGAGACAUAGUAGAGAGAAGACGUUAGAGUCUCUCAUUCUAGGUGAGCGGAUGCGAUCGAUGAGCCUGUACAAUGAAGCGUUUGCCCAUGCCGUGGGUAAAUACUCGGCAAUUCGAGACCUAAACUCUCCUUUGUGGAACCAGGUGUCUCGCACUACGCGUGAGCGAUUAGAACGCGCAUAUUUCGAACUCGUAACUCGCCAGAACGGUGUUAAUAAUAGGUUGGAGUCGUUUGAAUUCCCGGCCCUGUUUUCCGGAGUCGCCAACUCGACGUCCAAUCAAGAUUAUAAGGACGUCAAAUUCCACACCUGGAAGAGGUCUUUCGGCAGGAUGAGACAGUUUGUUCUCAGCUAUUACAAGUCGAAUUUCGGGAGCUGGCCUCCGAAGGCCCGCAGCAAGAAGAACCCGUUCACAGAGAGUGGUCUGAACCGACAGGUCCUUAAGAUACUCUACUCGGAUUUCUGUGCCCUGUACGACCUCCUCGUUGACCGUGAGUCGAUAACAACACGGGUGAUUGACCAGAGUGCGGAGGAGACAACCGGCGACCACAAGAAUCCUCACCUCUCGGCUUUGCGCAAAGUUCUCGGGGAGUUCGACCAAUCUUCGCCUCCCGUACUCCCUCCGAUUCCGUUUGAUCUUCCCAAGCUACCCGAUAUGACCAGCGUUCAAGAGAACUAUUACGAGCUUCCUCCCCGGGACCGAAUGCGACUAGACAAGAAUCUGCAGGAAUAUCAGAUGCUCCUGAUUCUAAACAAAGCCUACGAUUUCGAAACAUUCAAACUCCAGAUCCCGUUUCUUACUGAGUUUAAGGAAUUCGAAUAUAAAGAGGCUAAAGGGAGGACAGCUGCGGAGAUGGCAGAUCAGCGUAUGGGCUACUGGUUAUUUCUCUAUGUCAUUAUCCAGUCGCUCCCUAUGUUAGUGGUGGAUGCUCCUGGCCUGCAGUUCACAGAAGGCGUGGAGUACUUCCUGUGCCAGCCACCGAGAGGCCAGCCACCUUGGAUAGAGGACGCGCCUUCGGUGCAGAAGAGAUGGUACGAAGUGGCCGGCGGAGGUGGCCUAGUGGAGCUUUCGACCGACGCCGUGGAAUUCAGCAUCGAGGGUAUCUACCACCGAAGCCACUGCUGGUUGGCGGCCAAGCGCUGGGAGCUUGGAAGCGACCCCGCUCCCCCACCGCCGCAAGAGAGCCUGUCGCCGCUUCAAGCGCCACAGUCUGUGUUUACGGAUAUGGACCCUGGCGUUUCGACGAGCCCGGCCCCUAUCAACCGAAGCGAGUCUCCCCAGACGGGCCCUCCAGGAGUAGCGCUGAGGCAAAGAACGGCAUCUCCGGGCACUAGGCAGUCUUACCGAAGCAGCAUAGCUUUCGGGCUCGAGCCAGUUCCUCUACCUUCAGACAGCAUGUCGGGGUCGCGGAUUGUCAGUGCCAGAGGCGUGUCCCCGGUCCAACGACCAAUUAGUGCCGUGAUGAAUCGUAGUAGAUCUUCAGGUAACUUAGCUGGUCUCCCAGAUUCUCCCGUUCACGCGCAUGCGGAGUCGAGGAACAGUUCACGACAAGAUUCUGUCGGCGGGAGUACAUUUGACGAUAUCUUAAAAGACAUGGAUCAGAAACCGAAGAAGAAGAGAGGGUUUUUCUAACAAUUGCAUUCACGAUUUACGAUCUUGUCAUUUUUUCCCGAACAUCUUCCGUCAUGUUUUCCCUUGGAACUUUUGGUUUUGAAUGGCUUGAGGUUUGCAUGGUCUAUGAAUUACAGUGGGCAUAUAAAGGGACGUCGGGAAAAUCAUACACAGCAGCACUUGCAUAAACCGGAUUCUUGGCUGAUUCAAAAUAUAUACCGUAAUUCUUCGUCGACUUGACGAUAUUUAUUUGUAGCCAACAAGGAUAACAUCAUAAAUUUGAUCAUUCCCCAGAAAGGGGUUGUACUAGGUACUCUCUACCCACAUAAGCGAAGUCAUAUGAAGGAAUGUCACCUGGUGACGUAUGACUUUAGUCUUCCGUUCAGACGUUGAUUUGGUGUUACUUAUAUUCAGGUACCAGUGCCUACGUACACUAGGUAAUAGACUAGGUACCGCUACAGGGGUGGAACGUGUC